AUGCUUGUGGUAAUGCUGAAAGAUAAAUACUGUGGAAUAACUCGAAUAUGUGUUAUAUUAUUCCUUGGAAUUAUUCUCGACUCUCUUUCCAAAGUCGGAGGAGAUGUCGAAAACCAUAUUAUGGUGAACUGUGAUACUUUACGAAUGGGGCAGUACCUAUGCCCUGAUCCUGCUUAUGUUGAUGACUUAAUAGACCCCAAAACGCAGCAACUCCAUGGAUGUACAAGAGAAAAUAAAGCUAAGGUGAGAUGCAUAGCAGUGGAAGGCUUGAUAUGCAACAAUACAUCAAACUCAACAUUUUUCAGAGAAAUGCCAUGCCAAUGGACGAAUGGCUAUUCAUUUGAAACAGCACUUCUACUUUCUAUUUUUCUUGGAAUGUUUGGUAUUGAUCGAUUUUAUUUGGGAUAUCCUGCAAUAGGUUUAGCAAAGUUUUGUACAUUAGGGUUCAUGUUUAUAGGGCAAUUGAUUGAUAUAAUCCUGAUAGCAACACAAACUGUAACUCCAGCUGAUGGAUCAGCUUAUGUAAUUCCAUAUUAUGGACCACGUAUUGAGGUCAUUAGAAGUGAUAAUAACACUUAUAGAUUAAGACAAGAGGAUUGGUGA